AUGGCCGCCUUGGCGCGUGCCGCGCCGUGUCCGCGCCUCUUUCUGCGCUCCACGACGACGUCGUCAUCCACGUCGGCGGCCUCGCCGCAGCCGGCACCGUCGCCACCACGUCCAAGCCGCCGCAUCGUGCGCUGCUCCACGGCUGCGUCAUACUACAGCAACAACUCUCUCUGGUUAGCGCCCCCAUCAUGUCAACAGCAGCAGCAGCGGAGGUCGUUUGGCUGUACCAGGAGCGUGCGACGCGACUUGACCAAGAAGAACCACUACGAGCGUUUGCAAGUCCCUCAGUCCGCCACACGCAGCGACAUUAAAAAAUCAUUCUACAAGCUCAGCAAGACGCACCACCCCGACGCCAACCGCAACGACCCCAACGCCGCGCACACCUUUGCCCUGCUAUCCGAGUCCUACACACUCCUCUCCGACCCCUCGCGCCGCUCCCUCUACGACCGAGACGUUAUGGCUCGCCUGCAAACCCCGUCUUCCACCCACUCGCCUCACCACGGCUCCUACCACUCCGCUGCGCACCACUCGGCCGGCGGCCGCCCUGCCUCGGGGCUCUCCAAGCGCCGGGGCAGCUUCCGCGGGCCUCCCCCUUCCUUUUACCGCAAUGGCGGGUGGGGCGCUCAUGCGGACCGGCGACGGCGGGCUCACGAAGACACCGCCGGGUCCGCGUCGAACUCGUCGGCCUCGUCAUCGUCGUCGUCGCACUACACACACUACACAAAUUACGAAAGCUCGGGCCCGGGUCGCCUCGACGAAGAGGGCGUACCUCUGCAUUUCGAUAAAGAGGCGCACCGGCGGACGCAUGAAAAGGAGGACCGCCGGCGGUGGGCGAGGCGCAGACGCGCGCUGGACGAGGAGGGCGUCGAGUUUGAGCCGCAGACGAGCCUGGGCGCGCACUUUGCAAUCGUGCUGGGGAUCCUGGGCGCGACGGUGCUGGUGCCUGUGUGGUACUGGAACACGAUGAGCGGGAAGAGGAGGAAGGAGUUUUAG